AAGAGAAAGUCAUGCCUUUUUUGCCAUGGCCCUUGAGACGUCGGACAAGAAUGGCAAUGGCUCCUGGUAUAAAGGAGGCUUUAGCAAGAGUCUUCCAUUCUAUGGCGAGUACGGACUGAACGCCGGUGUGUUACUUCUCAACUUAGACGAGUUGCGAGAAUCACACUUCGCGCAAGAAAGAGAUAAAAUCAUAAGGCACUUCCAUCCUAAAAAAGCUCUGCCACUUGGGGAUCAGGAUGUGCUCAAUGCUUUUGCUUCAAAAUAUCCUACACGCUUACAUGUCAUGUCUUGUGUAUUUAAUUUCCGGUCAGACUCAGCUUGUUACAAAGGAUUUCCAGCUAUACUACACGGAAACAGAAAUCUCAAAAACGAGUUCAGCAGUACCUAUAGCUCAUUGUACAAGUUAUUUGCAUUACCUGUAUCAAGCCAGCCCUGAGGGUGAUUAGAUUGUCUAUCCCUAAGUGACCUCGUGACCUCGGAAUUUCAUAAAAUGCAAAAAAAAUGUUACUAUCAAUACGAUUUUUCUUGCCAAGAGCUCCUCGAGGUAAGGUGUGUCUUGCAGACAACUUGGCUUGAAGCUGUCGUAAUAGGCUGCCUUAAUCCUACUAGGUAGUACCCUUUCAUGAAGGCUUGUUGGACUCGCCAGAUCCAAGUAAGACCCAAUCAACCGUGACGGUGCUCAGUGUUUAUACGCCGUGUGGCCCCCGCAGCUGGGGUGAAAAGUGAUGUGAUUUAAUAAUCUUAAUC